GAUUUAAUCAAUUGAGAGUGGUUCGUGAUUUUAUUAGAGAAAAAGACGACACUGCAUAUCAUCACGAAGUAACGAGAUUGAACAGGAUUGUUUACUAGCAACAAGAUGGCGGCCAUCAAAGAAGAGGAAGUCGAGAAUAUCGCUUCAAUAGAAAAAUCCGCUGGACGUCAGAAACUUGCCAAAAUCUUAAAGUUGAAGGAAUAUAAUGAAGAAAAUGACUUGAAAGCAGCUAUAUAUGUUGACUACCUGUACGACAAUGUAAUGUUUGCUGCUGAGAAGGGGUUUUCAUGGCAUCAAGUAACAGUCAUCCUGCAGUUUGCACUGGAUUUCCUACAGCAGUGCCAGGGGAAACCCCUGUCUAGUGCAAUACGUUGCUUCAAGGAUUUAUCAGGGAAUCUGGCACAAGUCCUUGGUGAACGCAAUUAUAAACAGUACACAGACUAUGUCUUCUCCACGUUUAUGACACACUACCAGCUGUUUACCUACGUGUUCACGCAAGACAGACAGACCAAUGGGCCAUAUGUGUCACUUGCGGUCAACGUCCCGAUACCACCCGAGGAACUAACAACCAGCAAACCUGACCACAUCUGGCAGUAUGAGAAGAAAAUCGAGGGUCUUGAUGAUCUCGAGAUGACCAAGAUUUCUGAGAGAAUUCAAGUAAAGGAGAAACUGAUGAUGGAGGAUGAAGGUCAACAACUUGCUGUCCAGGAGAAGAUCUUUUCUUCAGAUCUUCCACUCACAAAAGAGAGUCUAGGUGAGAUGAUCCGUGAUGUGAUGCAGGCAUACACAACAUCAACAGCAGCAAGUCUGAAAACAACUGUACAGGAAGUUGGGGAAGAUCUGAACUUGAUGCUGGAGAAGACGAGCUUGCCCCGUCCACAGGCACUGGGCCCCCCACCACGCUACAAGCUCCGCACUCCAAUCACAGCUACAGCGGCUGGCAAAAGUCGACAGAACAAGUCGCAUGACUCGGACCGAUCAAGUCGCAAAUCUCUUAAAUCAGCCAAAUCUAAAACAUAAGGCUGCCAUUAGCCAGUUGCUCCAAGAUGUUCCCAGUGUCCUCGACUGCCUGACCUGGGGUACAUGUGGCACCUCUCCAACUGUGAUAUUUGUUGAUGAGACGUUGGACCGAUCACUUGUCCCUGCUGCAGCACUAGUUGUGAUUGCUUGACAAUUAAUGGCAGCAUCGCAGCAGGAUGGUACAGGCUGUUAUGGUUUUGCUGUGUAAUUGGCACUGCACACAGCAUGCUGAGUGGGAUUGCUCUUUCAGAAAUUAUGUACCAAACUGUGAUUUUUUUUUGUGUGAUUAAAAAGUGUCGUUAUAACACAUU